CUGAGACUGAAGAGGAUGCUUAUCAUCAGGCGCAUCCAUGAUGGUUUGCGUUCUUGGACUUAUACGCUCCUUAUAGUAACAUUAAAUAAGGGAGCAGCGCUUCACCGCUGCAUGGGUCCUCUCUGCUGACCGAUGCGCAGCUCCUCAUCGCUGGUCGGGAUGGUGAGCCACUGUCAGAGCCAGACGUUCCCGGACUUGACCGGCUUGUCUCUCUCCGUGUUCAGCACCAAGUCGGAGAUGUGCGCGCGGAAAGCCGCGAACGUUGCGUUUGGAUCUCAGCCGUGCCGACCAGACCACAUGAACCGGGCCAGCCCGAAGAGACUCCCUCCGACAGCGGACAGAGCGCAUCUGUCGGCCAAAACCUCGCGCCUCUGCGUGGCCCUGCCGCCGCUCCAAGCGAAUGGCGUUUUUUGUUCAGAGAAGGAUGCGGAUCUGAGUGAUGCUGAGGGCACCCUGAUGCGAUGUGGGCAGAGCUUGCCGCUGCCAGUGGGGGACCUUUCAGGAGGGCUUUACGCCCAGAGUCACCAGUGCAGCAGGCCCACACCUGAUCUCCUCAUGCAGGAUGGCACCAGAAGCGCCUCUGGUUUCCAAAGGGCCUCGCUUGGGGCCUCAUCGGUUCUGGGCUGCAGCGUCGACGGGGCUCGCUCUGCUUCGUACCCAAUCAAACAGGAGAACUCAGUGGGCCACGAGAUCUCCGGCGUCCAUUGCACAUCUGGAUUUCCAACCUGUCAGGCAGGCCAGAUUUUGGCUGUGCCAAGAGACGAGAUGGUUGAAGGUAGCAAUAACACCGGUGGCAUAUGUGCAGUGAGCUGUGUUGGUGGCGCUGCGUCAGGAGACACGGUGCAACCUUUUAAUAAUGAAGAUGGCUCCUCCCCGUUGGUUCCGUCCCCUGAUGGCUCCCAUCAUUCAGCGCGGCUGCUCAGUGCUAACUGUGUGAAGAGGCGCUGCCCGUCCUUGGCGUCACAGUCCUCCGCUGCUGCCGGCACCAGCACUGCCACCUCCAUGGCUUCCCUAUCAGCUGCUGGCUCAAGUUGUGACGAGAUCAAUAUCACCGCGAUCGUCUGCUCCUCCUCCCAGAUGUCGACGGUCGCCUGCGUCAACGGGUUCCGAGCUAACCUCUCACCCAACCGUGCUAGCAGUGCCGGCUUUUCGUCCUCAUCCUCCUCCUCCUCCUCUUCCACAUCCCCACCCUCUAACUGCUGCUCACAGGAGGUCCCUCAGAGGCCCCCACCUCACUGCAGCCCCCAGCAGGCCACGCUACAGGAGAGCUGUCGGCUGUCCUCACCUGCCACCUGCCUCUUGUCUCUUUCCUCCUCCUCCACAUCAUCCUCUUCAGCGUCAUUAGUGGAGCCGGAGCCGGGCCAAGGGCAGAGCCUGGGGUUGUGUGAAGAGCAGGUCUCCAUGCUGCGUGGGCGUGGGGCUGCAGGAACAGCUGAGGGUGGAGUGGGUGGAGAAAGAGGCUCCGAUGGGCUGGGGCUCCUGAUGAUGUCUGGAGCGUUGCAUUCGGGGCCAGAAGCCGGGUGUUUCCUGGAUGAGGGCCAAAGAUCCAGGGCCACCCUCAAGCAGGAACCCCUUGAUGACUUCUCACCAAGCGAAGAUGAACUUUUUCAGCACCACUACCAUCAUCAUCCUCACUUGAGCACUCGCAGUGGGCACCAUCAUCACAAUCACCACCCACAACGGUCUGCUAUGCCUCCUCCUUACCACUUACACCAGUACCAGGGUCCCAGCCAUGGGGGGCCACUGCAGCACCAGAGCCAGCAAACACCACAAACCUCCUCCCUGGGACUCAAACCGACAACUGGCGGCCAUUCUGCAGUCCACACAGCCUCGGAGCGGGAACAGGUCAUCGUCGGAGCAUUAGCAGAGAAGCAGGUGUGUCGUUGGAUUGACUGCAGUGCCACAUAUGAGCAGCAGGAGGAGCUUGUGAGGCACAUUGAGAAGGUCCACAUCGACCAACGCAAAGGCGAGGACUUCACCUGUUUCUGGGCGGGCUGCAUACGCCGCUACAAGCCCUUCAAUGCCCGCUACAAGCUGCUAAUUCACAUGAGGGUUCACUCUGGAGAGAAACCCAACAAGUGCAUGUUCGAGGGUUGCAGCAAAGCGUUUUCUCGUCUGGAGAACCUGAAGAUCCACCUGAGGAGCCACACGGGCGAGAAGCCGUACCUGUGCCAGCACCCGGGCUGCCAGAAAGCUUUCAGCAACUCCAGCGACCGAGCCAAGCAUCAGCGAACUCACCUGGACACGAAACCGUAUGCAUGUCAGAUCUCUGGCUGCACCAAGCGUUACACAGACCCCAGUUCUCUACGCAAACAUGUCAAGGUCCACUCAGCCAAGGAGCAACAGGUGCAUCGAAAGCUGUGGCCCGGCCCUCAUCUGGAGCAGGAUGUCCUGAGUGACUGUCUGUCCUUGCAGCAGAUGCAGAACUCUGCAUCCUCACAGCAGCUCUACAACGGCAAAGACGUUCGCUGUCCUGCACUUGGUCCAGACAUCUUCACAGGGCUAUACCCUGGCUCCAGCACCCCCCACCACGGCACUCCGGUGGAGCUCCUGUCCCCCACCAAUAACUCCACGUCUGUCACUGACCUGCCCCCCCGGCAACACCGGAUGGACCAGGACCUCUCCCCGCUGGCUGCCAUGGACGGCGUAAGAGACGGGGUGUCGGGCCCCCUAUUGUCUCCUGGCAUGAAGACGACAGGAACUUCUCCUCCACUGGAGAAACAGCAUGUCCACCCUCACCACAAGCCCUACCCUCACUAUCACCAUCAUCAUCAUCAUCAGUCAGCCAGUGACGAAUACCAAGCCAGCUUUCAGAGCUGCUUCCAUUUUGGAGACUCCUACAGGACUGAGCAGACGGUCGGUGACGUCCACGACCCGGGAGAUUCUCAGACCUACACCUCCCAUCAGCACAACGGCUUCCACAUGCCAACCGGCAGCAGCGGCUCCACAAGCUUCAGUUUGAACCAAGAGCUGCAGGGAAGCGCCGGCUGCCAGUUCUCAUCCAUCCCAGAGGAGAACAUCUUCUUCCAGGUGGGCAGCUUCGACCGCAGCCUGAGCCACGUGUCUUCAGUCUACACAGAAACAUAAAGCCACGCCGGAGCAGAGCGCACAUUCUACUCUGCAUUUUUACUUCAUCCACACACUCCUCCCUCUGCUUCUUCAACAGACUUCUCAGUCUAAUUCAUAAAAAAGGGCACAGGUCAUGCUCUCAGCAGUUUAUUCUGAUCUAUGCAUCAAGUCAAGACCCACUAGAUCAGUUUAAAAGGUCAUUAUAAUAGUUUGACAUAAAACUUUAAGGAUAAACUAUUUAGACUUUAAAGGAAAUCUCAUUUGGAAAGUGAACGUGUAAAUGUGAAAACAGUCUGCUGCACUGAUUUUACACUUUUCCAUUAAUUUAACAUUAAAACUUUAACUUUGUGACUUAAAAGAAACAUUAUUUAACAUAAAAAUAUCUUCAGAACAAACAGAUGUGGAAUCCGGCAGAUAGAUUAGAAAAAUGCUCAUCCCAGCACU